CCGUGAGACGUUCACGGAGCCGAUCUCACUGAAUUCUUGAGAAGUCAUUGCUAGAGAGACACAAGUUGGUGAAGAUGCGCUGAAACCGAGACGGCUGCCGACGACUCGAGUUGAUUGCGGUGUUUUAUCCAGACCGACGGAACGGAAAGGGUCUAAAAACAACUUCCGAGAUGACUGAGCUUCAAGCAAAGUAGAAUUUUACACUUGAAAUCAACAUACAUAUAUAUACGUCUAUAUUUUACAGUUUUCAUUCAUUGGUAGUUAUCAUCGUACCAUGAGAACCCGGGAGCAAUGUCUUUUUUGAUGAAAAAGAAGAAGUUUAAGUUUCAAGUGCACUUCACAUUGGAGGAGCUUACAGCGGUGCCUUUCGUCAACGGUGUGCUUUUCUGCAAAAUCCGGCUGAUUGAUGGCGGGGACUUUGCCAUUUUGUCAUCCAGGGAGGAGGUGCAGCAGAACUGUGUUCGAUGGAGGAAGAAGUUUUCUUUUGUGUGUAAAAUGAGUGCCAGUCCAAACACUGGAGUGUUGGAUCCCUGCAUCUGCCGGGUCUCUGUACGUAAGGAGCUCAAAGGUGGAAAGGCCUUCUCAAAGCUAGGUUUUGCUGAUCUCAACAUUGCAGAGUUUGCUGGUUCAGGCUCCACAGUUCGCUGCUGCAUUCUUGAGGGUUAUGACACCAAAAACAUUCGACAGGACAAUUCUAUCCUUAAGGUAACGAUUGGGACAACUCUGCUGUCCGGGGAUCCCUGCUUUAAAACACUUCCAUGCACAACCACAUCUGUCUCUCUUGGGGAUGAGGACCCCACCCUGCAGCUGGACUGUAAGGGUGAGAGCAUUGAUUCCACCAUGCAGACGCUAGGUGGCAUUUUUGAGGGUCCCGGAGCUUUAAAACCCAGAGAGUCGUCAGUACGUAGCUCAGGGCUUCCUGAGGAGGGAGGGAGUGUGUCCAGCCCAGAUGAGGUCUUUCAUACUUCUCAUUUCCGCAGCUCCAGCUCUGCCAGCCAGCACAGCAAGAUCUCAGGCUACAGCACAGCUCACUCUCGCUGCUCCAGCCUGACUGACCUCGGUCACCAGAGGAACACGUCCUCCAGCAGCAGCGUCUCCUGUGGGUUGGCUCCACCCUCCCAGCUGGCUCCCUCUACCCCCACCGAGCUGCACCAACAAGGCACGCCCACCAGACCAGGGAGACCUCCUCUACCCUCUGCAGCUGCCCUCAUGAACAACAGAUCCUCCAGGAGAAAGAAGGAGAGUGUGGAGACGCAGCCCAGCUGUGUGGACGACACCCGCAUUGAUGCAGAUGACAUUGUGGACAAGAUUGUCCAGAGUCAGAACUUUUCUGACAGCAGCAACAAUGAAGACAGCAACUUGAGACUGUUUGUCAGCAAAGAUGGGACCACUGCCCUCAGCGGGACACAGCUCUCCAGCAGAGGAACAGCUGGUGUUUUUGAGCCGGUGGUCAUCGAGACUCACUGAGGCGUGGCUCGGAAUAAGACUGUGAAGACUAGGUAUUUUAUAUAAUCAGAGGAUGGAAGGUCUAUAACAAACAAUUAAUCUAUUUUCUCAAAUACUGGACACAGCCUUAUUUAUUGUUUUUUAGGUCAAGUUAAGAAAAAAAUAUGUUAUACUGAUUUCAUUCUGGUUGCCUUGUUAUUUCAUAGGUUUUGUUGUUAGCUAUUAGCUUUGACUUAUUUAAUGUACACAGGUAAGCAAUUCUUAAUCUGGAGUUGUGACAAAUGACUUUCACAGCAUGAAUGAGGUGCCUAAAAUGACUGAGUUGACUCCUUCCUUAAGGACAUUCAGUUCUGUUCUGUUCAUUAAUUAUUAUCUUGAAUUGCAGUCACAUUCCUUUUUGGUUUGUUCUUUGUUUGUACAGCUGUUGUGCUACAUUUUAGCGAUACUGGCUGGUUUGAAAAUGAUCACUAAUACACUAAUACAUCUUUAACAUUCAUAAACAUGUGGUGAUAUUUAUAUAUAUACAUGUUAUGUACAUUAUAUGCAAAAAAUCAAUAUGUAUAUAUAUACUGUAUAUUACAAUCAUAAGUGACAGGAGAAGGCAGAGCAAAGAUCAUCUGAACGCUGAAUGAGACAUUUUAGGUAUCGUAAGGUUAGAAUUGUCUUUAAUAAAGAGACCAAAUGAUUAAUCAUUUGCCCAUAUCAUCGAUAACUGAGCUAUGCAGAAGUCCUGUUUCACUGUACAGGGGUUUUCUUUCCUCAUUACUGGACUAGGGACCAGUAUGAAACACACCCAGUGAAACGUUGACCAGUCCGUACUGCAGAAAUGACUUGAACAACAGCUUGAAACCACCACAUGUGGUAAUAGUAGUGAAACACUGAAAUAACGCAGCGUUCAGAAAUGCUUGGUCAUUGCGUAAAACAUGAACAUUUCUGAGUUUUUAUGGGGAAGAAGCACCUGCUUUUCAAAAUACAAAAUACAAGAAUGAAUGUCUGCAAUCAAUUGUUAUCCAUAUUAUUUAUCCCUCAUAAUGUAUAAGUACAGAAGUCAAAUAUUGUUUAAUAUGAUUUUGACAUCAUUUUAAGGCUUUACGGGUUGAUGAAAACCCUUCAAAUGCAGCAGAAGGUCUUUCUGAGCUGUUGUUCUCUUCUUUGAUUUUGAUGUCAUGUGAUCACUCUAUAUACGCAUCUAAUAUACUAUUUUGCACAUGUUUGCUUUGUGGGGAUUGGAAAAACCACUAAAAGCAUAUGGGGAUUGUAUAGCUGUGUAAAAUGACAUGUGAAAUAUCUUUUCUGUUUUUGUUGUCUUUCAAUGCUGUUGUUAUGGGACAAAUGUAGUCCGGUGAAUAUGUCAAAGAGUUUGUCUUAUGAGACACAUGUUCAUAUGGCUGGCCAUAUGUAGCCGUUCAUUCUCUGGACUUAAAAAAUACUAAUCGCAGUAAAUCACAUUUUAAAUUAAUCAGGGACUAAAUACAGUUUUCUAGUGAUGUACUUGCUGGCUCACCAAUGAGAACGCACGGAUUAGCUGAGUUCGGAAUGCCGACUACAGGAUAUGAAAUGUUUCACAUUGCGACAGGCUGCAAAGAAAAGUUACUUAGAACUGCAUUGAUGCUUAGAGCUGCACGAGGGGCAGUAAACACAACAUAUUGAAGUUGUUGCUGCACAUGGACUGUGAGUAAAGAGGCUCAGCACCCAGCUCUCAGUCUGCAGUGUGUGUUCAUUCCACUAUACACACUCUAUGCUGUACAUGAAUGUUUGUCCUUUUUAUCGUUAUCCUUUACCAUUAAGUCCUGUACUGUGUGAGUUCAGUGAUACGACUUUUUGGAUCAAUGUGUAAGGCAACAUCAGGCCUAAUUUGACUUUUUUAUUUGUCAAACUAUAUGUAACAAAUCAUUUCAUAGAUAUAAAUUUGCUGAAUUGAUAUUUAUAGAAAUAAUCUGUGAUACCAGAUCAACUCUAUUGUUCCUGGUUCCCAAUCCAGCUUGAAUCGGCAUAGGACCUGUAUUGGUUUUGGCACAUCUCUCGUAAAAACAGUGGAGAUGUAGGAUUAAACUGGUAAACAGAGUGGAUACUGGGGUUGUCACACGGGGCUCAGCCACAGUUUUCCAUUGCUAUCUACACUAAGCACUAGAACGACUUUAACAUUAACCUUCAUACCGUAAGGUGGUGUUCAUUUUCGAUGCUCUACGGUUGCCAUUCCUGUAUCUUUAAACAAAUGUGCUCUUUAAGUAUGAAUGAGGUCAUUCCCACCUUGUACACAUCCAGUGAUUAGAAACUGUUGUUACACAUCCAUCCAAUUCGGUUUCCUUUUAUUUUCAGACCAGCAGGCUGGUCUGCAGAUGUAUUUGGAAUUCCAUAUCAAAUAGAUAUUGUAUGGUGGGAUGGGAUAUUGUAGGAGGGUCUGUUGGUGAAUUGUCUGAUGCUUUGAUUUGUUCUCUCAAUACCUGUAAUAAUUAUUUCUUUGUACCUGACCAUUGGAACCUAUGACCUUGCGUUGCAUGUUUUUUCAUUCAGUAAGAAGGUGUAGUGACUGAUCUUAGUGAGGCGCUGGGCUCGCUGCAGAGGAAGAUCCUGUUUCUUACUCUCGUUGACACAGAGAUUCCAGGUCUUUCGUCUCUUUGGGUGAUGUACCCAAUUAUUACUGUUCACAAUUUAUAAUGCACACUUUUAUAUAACUUGGCUUCCUGGCCAGCUCUGUCUGUCUUAGUUUGCGCUAGAAACCGUGUGGUCCUCCGUCACCCCUGCAUCAUUAUCCCUGUGCCCCAUUAUACCCUCCCUCACUAAUACACACUGCCGCCCGUGGUCACCCUGAGAUAGGAGCCCAAUUCUAACAUAUUAAAGACAGACGUAACUACUGGUUCCCACAGAAAGUUUUUGUUCUUUCCUGGUGAUUUGAAAACAUUGUUGAGUAAUUAUAUUGGAUUUUUUUUGUGGACAGAAAAUGGAAACAUUUUUUACUGUUCUAAUUUAAUUUAUCAAAUGAAAAUUGCUGCUCAAAUUGGAUCUAUACUUUUAAAAAUGAAAAUGAAAAUAAAC